AUUUCUUUUUUUCUUUGUAAAGAAAGCUUUUUUGAAAAAUUGAUCCAUUUCUGUUCUGUUCUGUCCUCAACCCUCAAAUUCCUCCUCGCAUUUCAUCACUGUUCGCGCCGCCUGCGCAUCGCCGCCGCGGGGUAGUCCGGUGCUCAUCUGAAUCGCAGAGAGGUUAUAAAUUGAAAGCAUGGCUGGUCCUAAGCCUGGUAGCUCUGCUACUAAUCCAAAAGCUGGCGGGAAAAAGAAGGAGGUGAAGAAAGAGACAGGUUUAGGUCUCACCAAUAAGAAGGAUGAAAACUUUGGAGAGUGGUAUUCUGAGGUGGUUGUCAGUGGAGAAAUGAUUGAGUAUUAUGAUAUCUCUGGCUGCUAUAUACUGAGGCCGUGGGCAAUGUCUAUUUGGGAGACAAUGCAAGAAUUUUUUGAUCCAGAAAUUAAGAAGAUGAAAAUCAAGAACUGCUAUUUUCCGCUUUUUGUAUCUCCUGGUGUCUUACAAAAAGAGAAAGAUCAUGUAGAAGGUUUUGCUCCUGAGGUUGCUUGGGUGACAAAAUCUGGGGAGUCUGAGUUGGAAGUGCCCAUUGCAAUUCGCCCUACAAGUGAGACCGUUAUGUAUCCAUACUAUUCCAAGUGGAUUAGGGGUCACCGUGACUUGCCUCUGAAACUCAACCAGUGGUGCAAUGUUGUGAGAUGGGAGUUCAGCCAUCCCACACCAUUUAUCAGGAGUCGGGAGUUCCUUUGGCAGGAAGGGCAUACUGCUUUUGCUACAAAGGAGGAAGCAGAUGCAGAGGUUCUUGAUAUAUUGGAACUGUAUAGGCGCAUAUAUGAAGAAUACCUUGCUAUUCCUGUUAUCAAGGGCAAGAAGAGUGAGAUGGAGAAGUUUGCUGGUGGUCUUUACACCACAAGUGUCGAGGCAUUUAUCCCCAACACUGGUCGUGGAAUUCAGGGUGCAACUUCACAUUGUUUGGGUCAAAAUUUUGCAAAAAUGUUUGAAAUAAACUUUGAAAAUGAAAAGGGGGAGAAAGCUAUGGUCUGGCAAAAUUCAUGGGCCUACAGUACUAGAACGAUUGGUGUGAUGGUUAUGGUUCAUGGAGAUGACAAGGGACUGGUGCUUCCUCCCAAAGUUGCAUCCGUUCAAGUUAUUAUAGUUCCUGUUCCUUACAAAGAUGCAGAUACUCAAGGAAUUUUUGAUGCUUGUGCUGCCACUUUGGAUACAUUGUCGGAAGCCGGAAUUCGUGCAGAGGUAGACUCUAGGGAUAAUUAUUCUCCUGGAUGGAAGUAUUCUCACUGGGAAUUGAAAGGUGUUCCCCUCAGGAUUGAAAUAGGGCCCAAGGACUUGGCAAACAAUCAGGUACGUGCUGUUCGCCGUGAUAAUUCGGCAAAGAAAGACAUACCUAGAGGCUCAUUGGUUGAACAAGUGAAAGACUUGCUGGAAAAUAUUCAACAAAGCCUGUUUGACGCGGCAAAAGUAAAACGAGAUGCAUGCAUUCAGGUUAUUAGUACAUGGGAAGAGUUUACUGAAGCACUCGGUCAGAAGAAAAUGAUAUUAGCUCCAUGGUGCGAUGAGGAGGAGGUCGAGAAGGACGUGAAAACAAGGACCAAGGGUGAGAUGGGAGCAGCUAAAACACUAUGUUCCCCAUUCGAGCAGCCCGCACUACCAGAAGGUACCAAAUGUUUUGCAUCUGGGAAGCCUGCAAAAAAAUGGAGCUACUGGGGCAGAAGCUACUAAGCUAUCAUCUCGUGUUUGUCUCUGAUGCUAACUCCUGUCCUGUUGCGCCUGGAUACAGCGUGUCGAGAAAUCAGCAUUAGAGUUCAUUGAGGAUGGGGGAAAUCGAUUCGGUUAAUUUCGAGUUCAAAAGAAUUUCCAAAAGAAGCAUUCACUUAGCAAGAUAAUAUUAUGGAACAUUUUUUACUCUGUCUGCGUACUUGGAUUUUCUUUUUCUUGAAUUUUGUCUUAUGGGUUUUGUCUCACAAUCAUCAAUCUUGGUUUUCAGUUACUGUUAAAGUAGGCCAAGUUCUUGGGAGUGUCUAAAUUUUAGAUUUUGUAUGGUUCAUUUCAUGUAUAUCAAUUCGGGGAAGUCGUACGGCUACCUGUCAUAGUAGUCUAUUACUCAUUACCCUCAUUUAUUUAUCACCCAAUUGAAUGUUUGA